GCUACACUUGUAUGAAUAUUAUUUGCAACACGUGCGCUUAAUAAAUAUUUGUCAAUAUUAUUAUGUUUGUAUUUGCAUGGCAUUAUGACUCUUGAUUCGAAAGAAGAACGAUAUUUUUAUUACAAUAGUUUAGCCAUUUUAUUAAAAGCUGUCGAAAAUGAACGCACGACAAUAGAUCUUCGAAAUGAAGCCUCAGUUUACGGAACUGUAGAACAUGCAGACGCUUACAUGAAUGUUGUAAUGAGAAAUUGCGUCUUCACAGAUCCUAGAGGGGAUUCAUACAGUUACACUAUGUUCUUUGUGCAAGCAAGAAAUAUUCGAUUCGUUCAUAUUCCACCAAAAAUACGUAUUAUACCAGCUAUCAAGGAACAAUUGCAACGUUUGGUAGGGCACAAGAGAGAUUUAACACAUACUAAACGUACAUUUAAAACAAAACGUGCAGAGCAAAAGCAACAAGAGGGACGAGCAGCAGUGGAGGAAAUUUUAGAGAAUAGAAAAAAGAGAGACCAAAAAUUGAAUGAUUAAAACAAAACUGAUUUAAAAGUAAUAAAUCACAGAUUGAUCAUUUUA